AUGGCCGUGUGCGGAUUCCCCGACGACCGCGCGCCAAAGUCGUUGUUGACGGCUCGAAACAGCGGUACCGGCAUCAACGCUUUUGACCGGCGGCUGCUGGUCAGUGCAAGCGCGAGGAGCUCUGACGAUGGCGUUGAGCUCCUCGAGUCGGAGUUUCCCGGUGCAGUAGCGAUCUCGACCGCUGUGAACGCACUGUCGUUGCUGGGCUUUGCCGUCAUUCUCACGACGUACCUAUUGUUUCCCCCCGUGCGGAAACAGCACUCGUCGCUGCUCGUGUGGGUGGCGCUCACGGGUAUGCUCUUCCACGGGACAGUGCUCACGCAGACGUCUGCAGUCUACGGCUCGUGCUGCUCGACCGCUUCUGUGGUUCAACUCGCGCUGCUCUCGCACGAGCUGUACUUCUUUGCGCUGGCGUUCAACUUUUACUUUACGACCAAGUACCCGUUUCGCUCGUCAAGGUGGCUGAACCCGCUCUACCACGUUGCCGUGUGGGCUGUGAGUAUCGCUGUGGCGAUCGUGGCCUGGCACUUGGGAACGGGGCGAGUCAGUUCCUACGGCUUUUGCUGGUACGCGUCCGACUACGAUGGCAUUGUCAGCAACAACGAGUUCAUCCUGCUCGAGAUCUUUUUCAUCCCGAUUUCCGCUGGCUACUGCGUGAGCAUUGGCUGGUACAUCUUGGCAACGAAACGAGUGCGACUGACGAUGGGCGGCAGUGCCCAGACUCGCACGACGCUCGAUUCCAUGCGGUCUUUCUUGUUCUGGAGCUUCUCGCUGUGGGUGGUCGUGACGGUCCCCUACAUUCUGCGGCAUCGCAAUGUCGUUGCGAUCAACUCGGCUAGCGAAAAGUCGCUGCGCUUUGUAGGACGCGUAGCCGUCGCAUUCCUUGGCACGGGUAGUGCAAUUCUUUGGACGAAAUCAAUGGGCGUGCUCAAGACAUUCAAGAUGUGGCGGCAGCGGAACUGGGAUGACUACUUCAAGGUCUAUGAUGCCUCCUGGGUCCUGCGUCGCGAGAUCUUGUAUUUCGCCACGAAAGGUAUUCAGCUUGGCGCUAGUAGUGCAAAGGGUGUACAGGAGCACGAUGACAGGGUGAACCCAGGUGCCGAAUCGAUCUUUUCGUUCACGCAACGGUCGGGUAUCUUCCCCUGGCAGCUACGACUGGGAGCGAUAUCGCAGGCACCAAGCGUGCUGUCGUUUGAGCUCGAUGGCGCCACGUCCGGCCAGAAAGCCAUCUUCCGCGACUUUGAGCCAGAAGUGUUUCACGAAAUCCGGCAAAUGUCUGGAAUUACCCGCGAGAGCUACAUUCAAUCGUUCAAGGGCAGUACGCGCGAACGGUUCAGCGAAGGCAAGAGCGGGUCGUUUCUUUACUAUACUGGUGACCAGAUUUUUAUCCUCAAGACGUGCACACCUGGCGAGCAAAAGUACCUUUUGUACAUUUUGCCGCAGUACAUGGCCCACCUUCGUCGAAACCCGAACAGCUACUUAUGUCGCUACGUGGGUUGUCACGAAUUGGUCAUGGAGCACCACUCGGUACUGUUUAUCGUGCUGACGAAUAUCUUGAACAACCCUAGUGUCAAUAUUGACGAGCUGUAUGAUCUCAAGGGCGCUUGGGUCGGUCGGCAUCGCGGUGACUCACCCAGCGGUACACAGCGAGUGUGCAAGUUCUGUGGCCACGAUUUUGUCGUCGGCAUGUCGGAAGAAGUGUGCUCUCAGAACCCAACUGCUGGAUUCGGUCAUGCCGAGUUUGUCGUCGGCAAAGACCUAAAUUGGUCGUGCCGCCGCCUUGGACUUCCCACUGACGUGGCUGAGCAACUGGGCAGUCAGUUGUACGCCGACACUGAGUUCUUGCAGCGCAUGAAUUCCAUGGACUACAGUCUCGUGAUCGGGUUGAGCCGCCACAAGUCGAUUUGCGCCCAAACGGGCAAUGGUACUGUGCUGUCACGAAGCAUUGGUCCAUGUUUGAAGGAGAAGUCGUGUGUUAGCGUGGGUAGUGGUGACGAGGCAGGCUACUUGGAGUCGUCGAGUCCUCAUAGUGCUACUCUUCGCGGAAUGAACCGUCCGACGGGCAACACGACAACGUUCUCUACAGACGCGUCAGUCGUGAACAUGGGCAUCAUUGACAUCUUGACCCCAUGGUCAUUCAAGAAGAGUUUGGAGCGAUGGGUGCGCAUUCGACUACAGUGCCGCGACAAGAAGGGGAUUUCGUGCAUGAAGCCCAUCCCAUACGCGGACCGAUUUCGUCGCAACGUGAUUGACACGGUCAUCUUUGGCCGCUAUCUAGGCCCCAAGCGACGCCACCUGGAGAAACGGCAAGGAGAGUCGAUUAUGGUGGAUUUUACGAGCGUGUCCAUGGACGUGAACUUCUCGAUAGACAUCGCGAGCUUGUCGAUGGAUACGUCCAAUCUCUCUAUGGAGAUAUAA